AUGAAUAAUACCCUUGAAAAUGAUACGAUUAAUGAAAAAAAUAACGGUGAUGAUUUGAUUGAUUUAAAUGAUGAAAUAACUUAUAAUGAUUUCCAUGAAAAUGAAUUUGGUAGUUUUACAUCAAAUCCAAUUGAACGAGUAAAAGAAUUAGAAAAUAAUUAUGAAAUUUUAAAUGAUUCAUUAAUGGCAUUAAGUACACAAUUUGCUCAAAUACAAUAUAGAAUUAAACAAAUGGAAAAAACAACAGAUCCAAAUGAUCAAAAUAGAAUAAUUGAAGAAAUAAAAAAAAUUGCAUUUGAUGGAUGUACAAGUAAUGAUGAAGUUAAAGAAAUAAAAGAUGUUUUAUCAUCACAUGAAAAUGUUUCUAAUAAAGAAAUAGUUGAAAAUUGUAAAAAACAUCAAAAUAUAUUAAUAGAAAAAUUACGUAAUCAAUUAUCUGAUUUAGAAAAAUUUGCAUAUGAAACAGGAUCAGGUGAAUUACCAUCAACAGAAGUAAUGAAUAGGCAAAGAAUUGUAUUAGAAAAAUUAACAGAAAAAUUACAAUUAAAUUUAGAUAUUGAAAAAAUAAAAGAUAAUCAAAUGUUUGAGAGAGUAGAUGAUGCAUUACAAAAUGUUAUAUGUCCAAUUGUUGAACAAGAAAAGUUAGUAGAACAAUUGACAACACAAAUUGUUGAUUUAGAAAGAUUUGUAAAUUUUUUACAAAUUGAAAAAGAAGCUAAUUUAAAUAAAGAAAAAUCAUUAAAUAAUGAAUAUGAUAAUUGUCAACCAAAUAAUGAAUAUUAUAAUAAUUCUUAUAAAGCAUUUACUUCAACACCAAUGCAAAAUAUUAAUACAAAUAAGGGAGGAAGUACUUUUUCUAGUUUUUUAAAUUUUGGAAGUGGAAAAAAAUUUGGAAAAAAUGAAUUAAAAAAUACCAUUAAAGGUAAUCAUUAUGGUGAUGUUCGCGCAAAAAUGGAAGUAGUUGUAGCAUCGUUAAAAGAAUUAAUGGAAGAACAUUGUAUAUUAUUUCUAGAGCAAGUAGAUGAACCUACUUCAAAUAUAACAAAUAAUAAAUUUACUUUUGGAUCUAUAGAUUUGGAUGAUGAUGUUUUUUUAAGUAGUAAUCCAAUAUCUCCUAAUAAUAUAAAUACACCUAGUAUUUGUUCUGAUGAUAUACCAGAAAUGUUUGAUAAAAAUGAUAGUAAAAUAGUAUUGAUGGUAAGGAGAGAAUUUUGUGUAGCAUUAAAAGAUUUAUUAAUGCAUGGUGUUAAAAGUAUACCAUCAAAACCAAGUGAUUCAAAAGGUAUAUUUAUGUCAACAAUAACAGGAACACUUAAUACAAUUGGAUGUAGUUCAAGAAGAAAUCACCAAUAUUCUAGAGUAUCAACUAGUGAAAUAAAAGAUUCAAAUGAAAUGAAAAUUAAAAAAAUUAAUCAUAUUUGGGAUGUUAUUAUGUUUUAUUUUUAUUCUAAGCAUGCACACAUUUUAGAAGAUAUACAGGUUAGAAAAUUGUCUCAAAGUUUUAAUUUAGAGAAUGUUUCCGGAAAAACUGUUACAUCAAAACAGUUAUUAUUAACAACAAUUGAAAAUAUUAUAACAUCACAUACACGUUUAAAACGAUCUCCUGAUUCAAUGUGGAAAGCAUUUGUAUGUGCAUCUUUAAAUAAAAAAAUACUUCCAGCAUGGAUACGUAUGAUAUUUAGAACACGUGUUGUGGUAGAAUGUUGUUAUUAUAGUUGGAGUUAUAUAGCAAGAACAGGAUGUGAAGAUAUAUAUACAUUACUAGAAUCUUUACAUAAAUUUAAAUUUCAUUUACCAGUUGAUUUAGCAGUACGACCAUUUAAUCAGUUAAUGGAUGCAUUUUAA